CUAAACCCUCCCCUCUCUUCGGCUGGCUCGCCCCGUGGCUUCUCUGGGGAACCUGUCGCGCGGGCCGGGAGCAGUGCUUCUUCCUGUGAGGGCCCCGCUGUGCGGCCGACUUCUCCUUCCGCUCCUGUGGCUCCCGGGACGGCGAGGGGCAAGCGGAAGGUGCGCGGGCGCCGAAACCCGAGGUGACCGGCUGGAGCAGGCCAGUCGGGGCCACCAGCGUAGCCAUGUCGCUGUGGGGGCAGCCGCUGCAGGCCUCGCUGCCCCUGGCCGUGCAGCCUCCCCCGACCGCGCCCUCGGGGCCUCCGAGCGCCCCUCCAGCCGGUGCAACCCUCAACCGCCUGCCGGAGCCGCUGCUGCGGAGGCUCAGCGAGAACCUGGACCGCGCACCCGAAGGUCGGGGCUGGAGGCAGCUGGCGGAGCUGGCCGGCAGUCGGGGGCGCCUCCGGCUCAGUUGCCUGGACCUGGAGCAGUGUUCUCUUAAGGUAUUGGAGCCAGAAGGAAGCCCAAGUUUGUGUUUAUUGAAACUAAUGGGUGAAAAAGGAUGUACAGUCACAGAAUUGAACGACUUCCUACAGGCUUUGGAACACACUGAGGUUCUUCAGCUUCUCAACCCCCCAGGAUUAAAGAUCACUGUAAACCCAGAAUCAAAGGCAGUUUUGGCUGGACAGUUUGUAAAACUGUGUUGCCGAGCAACUGGACAUCCUUUUGUACAAUAUCAAUGGUUCAAAAUGAAUAAGGAGAUCCCAUAUGGAAACUCAUCAGAACUUAUUUUUAACACAGUGCAAGUAACAGAUGCAGGCUUUUAUGUCUGCCGAGUUAACAACAGUUCCACCUUUGAAUUUAGCCAGUGGUCACAGCUAGAUGUCUGUGACAUCACAGAAGUAACAGAAAGUUUCCAGGGAAGUGUGGAUGGUGUCUCAGAAUCCAAGUUGCAAAUCUGUGUUGAACCAAGGUCCCAAAAGCUGAUGCCAGGCAGCACAUUGGUUUUACAGUGUGUCGCUAUUGGAAGCCCUAUGCCUCACUACCAGUGGUUCAAAGAUGAAUCACCAUUAACACAUGAAACAAAAAAGCAUUACAUGGUUCCAUAUGUGGAUCUAGAACAUGAAGGAACCUACUGGUGUCAUGUGUAUAAUGAUCGAGACAGUCAAGAUAGUAAGAAGGUAGAAAUCAUCAUAGGAAGAACAGAUGAGGCAGUGGAGUGCACCGAAGAUGAAUUAAAUAAUUUUGGGCAUCCUGAUAAUAAAGAACAAACAACUGGCCAGCCUUUGGCGAAGGACAAGGUUGCCCUUUUGAUAGGAAAUAUGAAUUAUUGGGAGCACCCCAAGCUUAAAGCUCCUUUGGUGGAUGUGUAUGAACUGACCAACUUAUUAAGGCAACUAGAUUUCAAAGUUGUUUCGUUGUUGGAUCUCACUGAAUACGAGAUGUGUAAUGCUGUGGAUGAAUUUUUACUACUUUUAGACAAAGGAGUAUACGGGUUGUUAUAUUAUGCAGGGCAUGGUUAUGAAAACUUUGGGAACAGUUUUAUGGUCCCUGUUGAUGCUCCAAAUCCAUAUAGGUCUGAAAAUUGCCUGUGCGUACAAAACAUACUGAAAUUGAUGCAAGAAAAGGAAACCGGACUCAAUGUGUUCCUGUUGGAUAUGUGUCGGAAAAGAAAUGACUAUGAUGAUACCAUUCCAAUCUUGGAUGCACUGAAAGUCACUGCCAAUAUUGUGUUUGGAUAUGCCACGUGCCAAGGAGCAGAGGCUUUUGAAAUCCAGCAUUCCGGAUUGGCGAAUGGGAUUUUUAUGAAAUUUUUAAAAGAUAGAUUAUUAGAAGACAAGAAAAUAACUGUGUUACUGGAUGAAGUUGCAGAAGAUAUGGGUAAAUGCCACCUUACCAAAGGCAAGCAAGCGCUAGAGAUCCGAAGCAGCUUGUCUGAAAAGAGAGCACUUACUGAUCCAAUCCAGGGGACAGCUUGCUCUGCAGAGUCUCUAGUGCGGAAUCUACAGUGGGCCAAGGCUCAUGAACUUCCAGAGAGUAUGUGCCUUCAAUUUCAAUGUGGUGUACAUAUUCAAUUAGGAUUUGCCGCAGAGUUCUCAAAUGUCAUGAUAAUCUACACAAGCAUAGUCCACAAACCACCUGAGAUAAUAAUGUGUGAUGCCUAUGUUACUGAUUUCCCACUGGACCUAGAUAUUGAUCCAAAACAUGCAAAUAAGGGGACUCCCGAAGAAACUGGAAGCUAUUUAGUAUCAAAAGAGCUCCCCAAGCAUUGCCUCUAUACUAGACUCAGUUCACUACAAAAACUGAAGGAACAUCUGAUCUUCACGGUAUGUUUAUCCUAUCAGUAUUCAGGACUGGAAGACACUGUGGAGGAGAAGCAGGAAGUGAAUGUUGGGAAGCCUCUUAUUGCCAAGUUAGACAUGCAUCGAGGAUUGGGCAGAAAGACUUGCUUUCAGGCUUGUGGUCUGCCUGAUGAGCCUUAUCACAGCUCCACGCCUACCUCAGGGGGAGUGGGGCAUUUUCCUUCAUCUCAGGACUCGUUCCAGGAUGUGUACCAUUCACAUCUUGGUAAUUCAGACAGUGGUAUGCCACCAGACAGGUGUCAUUGCAGCCGGACUCCACAUGCAUUUAUUUCAAGCUAUCCCACCCACCAUUACUCCUGCCAGUUUGGUAGAAGUAAUGUGCCGGUAGAGACAACUGAUGAAAUGCCAUUCGGUUUUUCUGACAGGCUUAUGAUUUCUGAAAACUGACCUUCAUGUUUUUGAAAAUUAGAAUAACUACAGUACUUUCACAUGAAAUAGCACUUACAUAAAGGGAGGUGUGGUGAAUAGACAAAUGUAUAUGUAUAGAGAGAAAACUGACAACAACUGUUUUUAUAGCAGGCUCUCAGGAGUGUGAGGUAUUAGAAUUAUAGUAUUUAAGCUGAGAGGUGGUGGCACACACUUUUAAUCACAGCAGUUCAGAGGCAGAGACAGGUGGAUCUCUGAGUUUGAGGCCAGCCUGGUCUACAAAGUGAGUUCCAGGACAGCUAGAAGUACACAGAAACCCUGUCUUGAAAAACAAAAAAAAGAAAAGAAAAAGAAUUACAUUAUUUAACCAGACUAUCUCUCUUGCUUUUUUCUCAUUUUAAGACUUUGUGAAUUAAUUUGUUCUUUAAGAGUGAAGUGUGGGGCCUGUGAAUAUAGUUCAAUGGUACAAUGCUCAGCUAAUAUGUUAAAGGACCUGGGCUUGAUCAUCAUUACUGGAGGAAAAAUGAAUUAUUAGAGUGUAUAUGUAAAUAUAUGUACCAGACAUUUUCAUUUCGACCACUCAGAAAAGCAAUAAGAAUGGCAUUACUAUAGAGUUAAAUUGUUGACACCAAAAAAGAACCGUUUCUCUUUUGCAGAGUCACUUUAUUAUAUGUGCAUGUGUGUGGGCCUGAAUGUGUACAGUGUCCAUAGAAGAGGGCGUCAGAUCCCCAGAACUAGAAUUACAGACAGGUGUGAACCACUCACUGUGAGUGCUGUGAACUAAAUCUGUGUCCCUUGCAAGAAUAGCAAGUGCUCAACACACGCCUUUAAUCCCUGCACUCAGGAGGCAGAGGCAGGUGAUCUCUGUGAGUUGAGGCAGCCUGGUCUACAGAGCAAGUUCCAGGACAACCAAGACUAUACAGAGAAACCCAAUCUCGGAAAAAAAAAGAAGAAAAGGAAAGCAAGUGUUCUCAACCACUGAGCCAUUGUUUCAGUCCCAGAAAGAAUCUUUUCAAUCAACAGGCUUAAUUAACUUCAUUUUACCAACAGAAAAAACAGAGGCAAACUGUCUUACAUUAGAGCCAAACUGUAGUCUCAGUUCUGGUCUCCAAUUUCUUAUCAGGAGUGGGAUUCGAAAUCAGGAGUGGGAUUCGAACCCACACCUCCAGGGGAGACUGUGACCUUACACCUUAUUGUUUGUGUAUGUAAGGAGAAAGAGCUUCCUUGUUUAACUUAAAAAGCUGCAGAAGAUAAUGGCCUUAUCAUUUUGAUUUGAACUACAAGCAGACUUAAAAGCAACUUGAAAUAACAAGAUGACUGGUAACAAAGAUUAUUAAUCACAAGAGUCUCAACAAAGACAAUCCUACAAGCAAAUACCAUCACUGUUCAGUUCUGACAAACAUUAAAAUCAGCACCACCUUUCUUUGCAAGUUCUACCUGAAAUAGAAAGCAUGCCCCAUUGUUCACCCAAACCCAAAGCAUCACAGCAAAACUGAAAACCAUUGUCUAUUGUACAUACAAACACCAAAUCAUUAAUAAAAUACUAGCAAACUGAAUCUAACAAUAUAUAAGAAGGAUUGUAAACCUUAUCAAGUAACUUAACUCAAGAACUCAAGGUUGGUUUAAUGUCCAAAAAUCAAUUAGGCUUAUGUGCAGUUAAGUUUCACUUUUCACAGUAGUUAUGCUCUAGAAAGUCACUGUACACACCAACUUAGAUUUGAUUUUACAAAGAUGAAGAUGAGGUUCAGAAGUAUUCAGUGAGGCUGCCACACUAAGGUUAAGGUAUGGUAGUUGGAAUUCACUUCCUGUCCAACUUGCUCCAUAGCAUAACAUACUGACCUGUCUUCCACCCCCAUGCUUUAUCAACUAAGAGCUAAAGUAAAAAGGUAGAGCAUUGCCUUAAUCGACCUCAGCUGGAAUCAUGAGUGCUAGAUAACUCUUAAGUUUUCACUGGUCUGCAUACAUCUGCACAGGACCACAUUACUUCCACAGGUGUUGAUUUGGGCGAUGGGUCUAGCAAAUCAGUGAGGUCACAAAUACCUGAUCAUAUGUGAGUGUCCAUCUGAUAAGUUGAAAAAAGUCAAUAAAAUCUAACAUCCUUUUGUGAUAA